AUGUCUCAUAGCUAUCGUUUACCGCCCCUCCCCCCAACGUCCACUCCGGAAAUGAAUUCCCGCUUGAUCUGUGGCCUAAACAGAGCAAUACGCACUAGGUACAAUCACAUUCUCAUCUCCGGGGACUUCAAUCUACACAAUCUGGAGGUCUUGGCAUCGCCUAUUGAGCAGUUCAAAGCAGACUUGCAGGAACUGAUCGCUAAUAUUCCCUUGUACAAUCAUGUCACCACGCCCACUAGAUUCAGGACAGCAAACAAACCGUCCAUAUUGGACCUUGUGCUCACGAAUGAAGAGCUCAUGGUUGACAUUAGGUCUCAGUGA